AUGGCAGCCCAGGAUUCGGAGCGAAAAGGUUCUUGUUGUUGUGGGCUGCGUGGCUCGCAGAGGAGGAAACGAUGGCUUCAGAGAAGACUACGAUCUUAUCAGCCAAUACCCAGUCCAGGUGUUGUCCUGACAAUAUACAUCGUAGCUGGCUGCUGCUUCUUAGUGCUUGGAGUCGUACUUUACUUAACAAACGAGGGAGUUGUAGAGUUAAACUACGACUACACGGACGACCCGGUCGACGCAAACGGCGUAGUUUCAUUCGAGCUUAAUGUGGACAGUGAUAUGAGCGCACCCAUAUGGGUCUACUACCAGCUGUCUGGAUUUCACCAGAAUCACCGGAUGUACGUCGAAAAUCGGGAUGAUACGCAGCUGAUGAGCCCUGAGCUUGCCAGUGGCAUGGUGGCUCCCGAGGCUUGCGUUCCCCGGGCCGAGACCGAUGGCCGCACGAACUACCCGUGUGGCAUGAUAGCAUGGACAGUCUUCAAUGACAGUUUCGCCAUUAUGGAGCAAACUGCAACCGUCGAGCAGCGAGUGGAGGUCGACAGCUCUGCAAGAUCCAUUGCUUGGGCUGGCGAUGUUACUCGCUUUAGCAACCUGGAUCCGGAGGCCGAAAACCGGCUUAAGCUGGGCAUGCAGAAUCAGCAUGCCCUGAACAUGUGGAUGUUGAGCUACUUCCCACCGGUGGAGUGCUACCAGGUCCAAGCAGGGCCAGACAAGCAGUUUGUCCCUGUGGAGGUGGCAACCAGGAUAGAUGAUGCAGACGGGUCCCCAAGGGAAGUUCCCGACUGCCAGGGGUACAUGACAGGUGCAGCUUCCUGCAAUUUCGCUAGAGGGAAUGAAUCCUUCUCUUGCACUGGGGAUGACUACGUCAUCCGCAAAGUGGAGGACUGGGGGAUUGCUAGCGGCCACUUCCUGGUGUGGAUGAGGACGUCAGCUCUCCCUACCUUCAGGAAGGUGUGGGGAAGAGUGGACAGAGACAUCAAAGCCGGCACCAGGUUGAAAAUCUACGUGGUGCACAGAUUUCCUGUCCGUGAAUACUAUGGACGGAAGGCCUUCAUCAUGACGACCAGCUCAGCAGUCGGAGGAAGGAAUCCAUUCCUAGGCAUUGCCUACCUGGUGGUGGGUGUCGCCUGCUUUAUCUUUGCACCGUUCUACUUCGUCAACAGUGUGCGAAAGGGACGAUCGACUUGGGAAGUGCGGCCAGCGUGA